AUGUCUCCAAACCCAGAGAACGAGCAUGUCGACCAUGAAUUGUCUUCGAAACAAGACAUGGAGGCAACCAUAGCCGACCCUCAGCUCGAGGACGCGUCCACCAUCGUCAUACCAGAUCGACAGCUCGAGAAAAAGGUCGUUCAGAAGCUCGACUUGCGCCUGGCUCCCAUGUUUGCCGUCCUCUACUUCAUCGCCUAUCUCGACCGAAGUUGGAAACGCCGCCAUCGUGGGCUUGACCGAAGACCUGAAGCUGACUGGUGCGCAGUUCAGUACCGCCGUCAGUGUUUUCUUUGCAACCUAUGUGGCGUUUGAGAUCCCGGUCGUUCUGGCCAUGAAGAAAUUGAAGCCCAGCAGAGCCAUCACUAUGAUGGUGAUCGGUUGGUCGACAAUCACGAUCGGAACUGCCUUUGUCAAGAACUACGGGGAACUCGUCGCCGUUCGUCUUCUUCUCGGUUUGUGCGAGGCUGGUUUCUUCCCUAGUUUGAGCUUGUACAUCACAAUGGUUUACAAGAGAGAGGAACAAGUAUGUGAAAUUCCAUCAACUUCAUCCGGUUACAGGCUGACAGCAUCCAGGGUCGCCGGAUGGCCUACCUCUUCGGAUCUGUCGCCCUUGCCGGCAUGUUCGGCGGCCUGCUCGCCACUGGUAUCACCAAGAUUGGUCAUGCUCAUGGACUGAACGCCUGGAGGUAAAACCGAUCCACGGAGAGCAGUUUACGAUGACCCUUUGAAUAGUCUAACUCCCACAAUAGUUGGCUGUACAUUAUCGAAGGUUGCAUUUCAUUCAUCGCAGCUGCCUGGGUAUUUUGGGGAUUACCCAAUAACCCAUCCGAGGCCAAAUUCUGGAAACCGGAAGAGAAAGCGGUUAUGCUUGCUCGGGAUCGCCAACGCCUUUGA